AUGGAAUCAGACACAGAAGUGGCCGACAGACUGGCUGCCAUCUCUUCCGAAUCUUCUCAGCCAGAUCGUUUGACAGAAUACCUUUCAUUGCUAAAAUCCCUUCUUGAAACAUCGUCAUUAUCUUCGAAUGGGUUAAUCAUUUUCGGUAGACUCAUCAUCACAUCUCCGUCAAUGACGAUGUAUGUUGGAAGAAGGGUAUUAGGUUUAUACAUUACCGUUUUAUGUGCCGGUACAUCGAUGGAGAAGAAAGGUACUGCUCAGCUGCACCUAGAGAAACGCGAUGAAGAGAGUAUUUCAACAUGGGAAGAAAUAGGUAAGAACGCUUUCCAAGGAGAAGAGAAUGGAGAAAUAAGGAAGGAUGUAGUGGAAGGUGUCUUGAAUGGUGGUGGUAUCAGUGGUUGGUGCGAUGAACAAGUCACAGUACUCAAACAUCUUUAUGCGCAUCUACUUCAACUUGAAGACGAUUGGUAUGGCGCUGCAAAAGCUUUGAUGCAAAUUCCUCUAGAAGGCACAUCGAGGCUCAUAUCUGACGAGGAGAAACUCGCGGUAUACAUAAAAAUCGUUCGAUUGCUCCUUGAGUGCGGCGAAUGGGGACAAGCUCAAACAUAUUUCUCCAGAGCGUCAUUAUUGAUUCAUGUCACUAAAGACAAAGAGACCAACCUCGCCUACAGACUAUCACAAGCUCGAUUAUUUGAUUUCUCUGCAAGGUUUAAUGAAGCUGCUCAGAAAUAUCAUGAGGUGUCUUUUGAUGGAGCAGUGGCGGAAGAAGACCGCAUCCAGAUGCUAAAAGCAGCGGUGACUACAUCCAUCCUGGCUCCAGCUGGACCUCAGCGUUCAAGAGUAUUAGCGGCUCUGAAUAGAGAUGACAGAGUACACACCGCCUUACCUUCAUCUUUAUCUGUCAUGCUCAGGAAGAUGUUACUGGAAUAUAUAGUCCGAACUGAAGAAGUGAAAGAGUUCGAACAAGGUUUGGAAGAUCAUCAAAGGGCCAAAGUUGAAGGCGGAGGUACUGUUCUUGAAAGAGCAGUUAGAGAACAUAAUGUUGGGGCUUGCGGGAAGGUUUACGACAAUAUCAGUUUUGAAGCUCUCGGUAAUGUACUCAAUCUAGACUCUGAUGCGGCGGAGAUGACUGCAAGAAGGAUGAUCGAACAAGGCCGUCUUCGAGCGUGGAUCGACCAACCCCUGCAUUCACUGUAUUUCGAAUCUCGAUCAUCUCACGAUGCAGACGCUGAAGCCCAAGGUACCGCCGGUGGUUUAGGUGUAGAAAGAGAAGAGAAGGAUGUCGAACCUAGAUUAUGGAGUGAGAGGUGGGACGACAGAAUCAGGGAGACCAGUCUUAAGGUCGAAGCUUUAGCGGAGCAAAUUCAGCAAAAAGGAUUAAUCCCAAUUGCAGCAGUUGCUUAA